UCCUACAAUUAAAGACGCCAUGAAUAUUCGACCGAGAAGAAAAGAGAAAACCGAUGAAUUGCUAUAAUAAUUUCUCUCCUGCUUAACCAAUAAAAUUCCAAUUACCCAAUAAAUGCUUAGUAUAAUUGCAUUUGUAUAUAGAUAUAUACGUAUACAUUGUAGUAAUCUGUAAUUGCAGUUGAAACCCUAGAAUUUCAACUCUGCAUCUCCGCUGUAUGUGAAUAAGUGAAAUUGGAUCGUAUCGGUGGAAUUGAUCUGAUUCAUUUUGUUUUGAUACUUUUUGGGUAGAAAUUAUUUGGUUAAAUUUCUGCAUGAAAAAAGUGGUGGGAGAGGAAUUGGAGACAGAUUAGUGAUAAAGAAUUUCAUAGGCUUGUUGGCGCAACAUGUCUGCCGUAGUGUGCGGAAAGAGAUCGAACAUCUUCGAGGAAUCGCCGUCAUCGCCUCCUGUGUCAAAGAGAAUCCGUUGUUCUUCAUCUUCCUCUCCAGGCAGAACACGCUCUCCACAGAGUUCUGCCGCUUCCAGUUUCUUCAUCUCCCAUUCCUCUUCACCGCUCGAUUAUCUCGUUGCUCUCUUUCCUGAUAUGGAAAAGCAGGAUCUAGAGAAAGUCCUUGAAGAUUCUGGUGAUGAUUUGGAUUCUGCUAUAAAAAGACUGAACGAGCUUCGCUUAAGUGCUGCUGCAAUCAAACCUGAUGUUACCCAGGGAAUUGAUGCCCAAUUUUUAGCUCAAGGUACAGUGGCAAAUAAUGGUGAAAGUUCUGGAGAGGAAUCAUCAGCUGGAUGCAACCUCCCCUUGGAUGGCGCAGAGUGGGUGGACCUCUUGGUUAGAGAAGUAAUAAAUGCUUCAAAUAUAGAGGAUGCUAAGGUGCGUGUGUCGCAAGCACUCGAGGUACUGGAGAAGUCCAUUUUUGCACAUGCAACUGCAUCUUCCCAAAAUGUGCAGAAGGAGAACAUGGUGCUAAAGCAACAGCUGGAAGCACUUAUACAGGAAAACACCAUUUUAAAGCGAGCAGUUUCCAUCCAGCAUGAGCGCCAGAAAGAGUUUGAGGAAAGAGGCCAGGAGUUGCAUCAGUUGAAGCAGCUGGUUUCUCAAUACCAGGAGCAGCUGAGAACUCUUGAGGUGAAUAAUUAUGCACUGGCAAUGCACCUCAAGCAGGCUCAGCAGAGCAACUCAGUACCUGGGCGUUUUCACCCUGAUGUGUUUUAGUUAAUCUUUGCAUAAGUAUUAUAUAUCCGAUGUCUGUGUGUUUAAUACAAGAAAAUCCUAAAUGGUUUUUACUGGAUCGCCUAGCUUUAGUUGGAAUAUCUAGUGUGGAUGAUAAUAUGCUGUUUGUGCGUGCUGAUGGGUAGUCAAAGACUUGUUUGAACUAUCAUUUAGUUCUAUUUGCUUUAUUAAUAAAGGAUUUUAUGCUUAUAGAAGACGCUAA